AAAGUACUGUUGAAGGUGGUGAGCCAUAAACCCGCUGCAAAUCCUGCUCCCGUUUGGAGCACCAUUUUUUCCCGAGCACUCAGACCUACCAUCAUGAACCAGUCAGGGGUCAGUCGCUGUUCAGUACGUGAGAGCGUUCAAAUGUGAUAGUAUCGUUAAGGCUAUGUGUGUUUUUAGGGGAAGCUUUAGUUUUCUUGUUUGAUCAGUUGUACAUAGCGUGCAGCGUGCAAUAUCCUUAUCGCGAGGAACACUUACGGCAAAUGGUCGUUCGGUGAGGCCGUCAGGUGAAUGUGAACCACAUGCAAUAGUUAUGUAAAGCCGGGGCAGAGGCAGUCCAGAAGGGGUGAAAAAAGAAAAGGGCAUGAGCGAGGGAGCCCCCCUCCCCUGAGUGUGUGGAAAGUGCUAAGGGGGAGUUUGCGAUGAGCGUGUAGCGCCGCCGCAGCGCAAAAGGAUAAUACAGUGAAGCAGUGAAGUGACCCACGGCGCUCGGGCUGUGGGGCGUGGUGUGGCGCGCGGUGUGUGUGUGUGUGAAACAGCGGAACCGAGGAUACGCACACGGGGCCAUGCCAAGAACAAAGACACGCGCGUGCACACACACACACGUACACAAAUACACUCAAACAACAUCUGUGUUCCGGUGUGUUCGAUCGGUGUGCUAGCUCGGUGGUGGUGAGUCCUCGCGCCGGAGUGAUCAGCGUGGAAGGGUGUUUUGUGGUGAGACGAAACAUAAUAAAACGCAGCUGAGAAGACGAGAAGUGUGCAAAUGGCAAAGCAAUAAGCGGCCCAGCAGCCCAGCCAGAAGACUCUCGGACCCCUUUUUGCACCGUUCCGUGCUGUGCGUGUCGUCGUCGUCCGUUAGCAAAGCGUGGCCGUGCUAGUAGUGUACACUACCGAUCCACUAACGCCGAGAGCAUACCAGCGAGAGUGUGUGCGUGCGUCAGGAUAAGAAUACAGUGUGGUGGUAGUAGAUGGAUGUGGUGCCAACCAUCCUGGGACCGUUGGUGCUCGAGAACGUACAGCAGUGGUGGUGAGAGAGAAGGGUGCAUUACUGCAACAAAAACAAAAAAAACAAACGCCUUUCUGAAUCAACAACAGCCGAGCGGGCGAGUCGCCGAGGUCACACCGACAAACUACGCGACUCGGAAAACUGAAAGAGUGGCCCACUGGUGGCGACAGGCAAAAAGUUUUUAGUUUGCACAUUUUUUCCGUUCUGUUCCGUUCUGUUCCAUUUCGGUUGCCACUGUGCUGUGUGUUCUCCGUUUCGGUGUGGUGCGUUUCAAGUGGUUUAAAUUAGUUUUUUUCCUUCUUCUGUGUACGUGCGUGUGAGUGUGAACCCUGCUUUCCCCGUUCGCAACACUGACAAGGGAGAGCAACCACACGCAACGACCAUUCUCCGUUGCGGAGCGUAACGGAACGCACAUGCCAUCGUCCGGCGCGACAUCUUGGAAUCGUAAGUCUGUCCGGUCGCGCGGGUGCAAUAAACACGGCACCGCACGAUACUUCUGAGAAAUGGUCGCGUGAGCCCGGGGCAACCAUUCGGCAAACACACGGAAAGGAAAGGGAAGCUCCGAGCGACUUUGCCGCACCAGGUACACGCCCCGCGCGCCUUGCUGGUUCUGGGCCGACCAUGGAAGAAUAAUGGAUGCUCCGUAGGUUGCAGCUGAUGAGCCAAUAGCAAGUAGUAGUGCUGUGUUGUCGUGUUGGCGUGUCCUUGCACGGGACAGCCCGUACAGAGAGAGAGAGAGAGUGAGAGAGUUUAGCAGGAGGCAGAGUCAGCACUUGCUCUCGCUUCCUAGCCGAUCGUCGAGUUUGGUUUGUUUGGCGCAUACGGCGCUGCUGGUUCAAGCGCACUAACCGUCAUUCCCCCCUCCCCAGCUCACACAAACACACACGCACAGACCUGCUUAACGGGGGCCAUUAGCGCAUUAGCUCCCCUUCGUCGUCGCCCCUCGCCAAACCUGCCCGAAACGACACCAAACGGUAGCAGCCGGUCCCGCAACCAGCAGCUAUGGAUGAGGAAAUCGUCCCGCGCACAUUCCGCGAAAAGGCACUGUUCUACACUACCGCCUUCUUUAUCCUGCUUGGCACGUUCAGCCUGUUCGCUUUCCUCUUCCUGGUGCCGUUCGUGAUCGAGCCCGCGUUCCAGACGAUCUUCAUGCAGUUCGACGAGUCGCCGGCCCUGUGCGUGACCGCCUACAAUGAGCAUCUGUACGGGGCGAAGAACUGCUCCUGGUCGUCGUGUCGCGAAGGCUGCACCAAGGACAUCUACGAGUGCCAGCAGAUACGCGUCAAUUACAAGACGGCUGCCCAGUUAGCGGCGGCCGCCGCCAGGGAGGCAGCCGGCGGUGACACGGCCAGCUCAACGCCGGCACCAUCGACGGCGGCGGGCACGAGCGCUUCAACCAACCCCACGGGUGAUAGUAGCAUUAGUCGGGAGGAGAGUAGUAGAGAUAAUAGUAUAGCUAGUAGUUCCAAUAGCGUAGCCAAGCCGGGCGGCGGCGGCAGCAGUAGCCAACCGAUCAGCACGUCCGACGGUGGUGGUGGCGCGUCCCGGGCGCUGGCCGGUAGCAACAGCCGGUACGGCAGUGCGCUGAAACGGUUCGAGCGGGCGAUCCGGGCCGACUACGACUACGGCGACACGCUGCUGGAGGGCGGCAACGGUCUGGGCGGCGGGUACGGCGACUCGAAGCACGGCUUCAUCAGCUCGAUCAUCGACGACGAGAACGCGUUCAUCGAGUACCCGGAGGAGAUGACCGGGCUGAUGGGCAACAACUCGGAAUGGUACUUUACCGGGGCCCGGCUCUACCCGAACGUGAAGGGCUGCGGCUACCCGCCGAUACUGAACUGCACCAUCUGGACAAAGAAGUACUGGACGAUCGGGACCAACUUCAGCUGCUACUACUCGCGCGUCGAUCCCGAGCUGGUGAUCAGCGAUCUGGACAUGUGGCAGAACACGCUCAACCUGGUGUUCGCGAUGGCGAUCCCGAUACCGUCGUUCAUCAUCUCGGUCAUCUACCUGGCGUUUGCGUACUUUGUCAUCUUCAACGAGGACGAGGAGGCCGGUCUGCUGGACAAGAACGGCGAGGACGAGGCCGGCGAGGACGACCUCGAGCAGGAGACGGACGAAGGCAACGACAACAAGAUCAACAACGAGAACGAGGUCGAGGUGACGGCGAACCACAUCAACGAAAAGCAGCAGCAGCAGUCGGCGGACGAGGAGAAUGGUGUUCACACGACCACCACCACCACACCGAUCCAGCCACUGCCGAACGGUACGGCCAACUCGAUCAACAACACCAAUACGACGGCGACCACCAACACGAACGGUUCGUCCAAACCGAUCACACCGAACUCCACCUCCGACCUGAACUCGUUCGGCCACCAGCUGAAGGUGAAGAUGGCGGACGAGAUGUCGCGCGAAAGCAUCGACGGUGGGCUGCUGUCGAACUCGGCCUCCUACCAAGGAAACUUGAGCAAGACGAUGACGACCAGUAUCUCGACUCCGCCUGGUCCGAUAGCCGCAGUCUGAAACGUCAAGUGCAUGGUCUGGAGGACGUUAAGUUUAAAUUUACGAAGUAAGAGUCUGCUUAUCUUAUGAUUGUUGACGCGACCCUGGCGCGCGGAACUCCACUGCUAGAAGGAUGCCGCUGGGUGCGCCUUUUCGACACCGAUCUCUGCAAGCGCUGGCAAAGGGACUGCAAGCGAAACAACCAACCUUUCACCAAUCCCCGCAUACACACACACACACACACACAUACACAAAUGCAGCUGCUAGCUACAGGCCAUGGAAAAAGGGAGCAGUGCGACAACCAAUUAAGAGCGGCGAGGCGAUAGAUGGUAAACCUGCACACAAACUGCACCGAUCGCCGUGGUGGUACGCUUCGUUUGACAACAUUUGGCCCCGCAACAUUAAACCACUAUGGCAUAGCUGACGCGCUACUACAGCAAGCAGAUGUGCGGUGCGGAGAGUUGAUCGUUACGAAAUGCCGCCGACUGCUGUGUGCUGCAUACACGACCUGGCCCGGCCUGGUCAGGAGAGCGGAAUCAUUCUAAGCCGAAUAACUACGUUUCAUUUUGGGAACUGUUUAUGCUGAUCGCUUUUUAACUUUAGAUGUAAAAAACAAAGCAAACAAAACCGUACAUAUAUUACACAUAAACAUGCAAGAGCAUGGAGUCGGCUUGCGUAGUAGGCAAAACAGCAGGUGUAGGCCAAAGGAACACUUGAAAAAUGUUAAAAAAAAGCCACUCUACUCUACCAAUCUACCUGCGCCAGUCUACGGUGUAGGUGUGGGGCGGUUACAUGUAUAAAACGGAAAACUCUCUCCUUUGUUUCAUAAACAAAUGCCUCUCGUUGUUAUGGGUUUUUGCUCCAGUUAGCCUGCUAUAUUAGUGAGAUGCGAGUAAAUCUGUAAGGAUCGGUAGGGAGAGGGAAGCUGAAAGCUGUUUCACAAACACACUAUACUCUGCCUCGUAGCCGUGAAUGAUGCGGAUGGACCUUAGUAGAAGCCGGUAGAACGAGAUAAAGACACGUAGAGGUGAACGCGUCCGCGAUACACGCUACCCCCGUUCAUGUCGUGUAGGGCCGUAGCGCAAACAAGCAUUGGAAGGAUCAAGUUGAUUUACGCUAAGAUGCAAUAUUUUACCUGCAAUCUGCAAUAUGGUUUGGUGUAAGAAUUACGAUACACACACACGACGCAUCAACUGUUGAUAGAUUUUUACUGAACUUUAGAAAAGAUGCUUUAGCGAGAUGAGCGUUACGCCACUGAGCAGUACGAUUACUUAGCACACUGUCUCAUACACUCACACACACAGACACGUACACACACAUUGAUUGUAGUAUAGACUCUUGAAGAAUAGCUGAAAUUGGUAGCAUGCAAUAGGAAGAAACGUGUAAAGGGAGGAGGAUGUCGAAGGGAGCAAGCACAAACGCAUAAUUACCAUAGUCGGCACCGUACACAAGAAACGAAGAGAAAGUUUAAAAAUGGAAGAAAAAGAACUAAAUGAAAAUGGCAAAACAAAUGCUAACGACGUUUCUGUUCUCAUGCUAUCGAAUAUGGCCGUGUAGCUAAGGAAGGUUUUAUAUGGCGAGUGCGUAAUUCGAAGGGAAAUUAGCAUACCCAAAACUGCAUCUAAAUUGUUUCGUAGACUAGGAAAUCAGAACAUGAUAACAAAAGCCGCCAGCAGGAGAGAGAAUGUGAGAUAAUAAGAGACGAAGAGCGAGAGAAAGAUAGAAAGAGAGAGAGAUAGAGAGAGAGAGAGAGAGAGAAAAGAGGAAAUCUUUUAUCUUUUAAUUUCAGUAUCUUCUCAUAGGUUUGGUAUUGGUUGCAUUCAACAAUGGGUCGUUUUUUUUAAUGGACUGCAUACUUAAUGCUAUAAAACAAAGACAAAAAAACAAACUUACUCGAUUCAGUAAUGCUUCGGUAGAUAAAGAGCCAACGGUAUGUUUUUAACUGCAACAUAUAACAAAACAGUCCCCACAAAACUUAUUUUUUAUCGGACCGGACUGGAUACCGUGAAUGCAGAUAGUCAUAUAUAUGUAUACUGCGUAGCUAUGUACGUAAUGCCCCUGUAAAGCUUUUAAACUUAGUUGUAAUAGGACGAUAGUACGCAAAGCGACGCAUUGCACAAUGCUUUCCAUAGCACAAUGUUUACAAAGUCGUUGACAGAAAAUCCAUUGGUGCAGGUAUUUUCUUUUUCGUUUGUUUUGUUCGUUUUCUUAUGCACUUGUUUUGAACUUUUAUUUCAAUACUAUAAACCGUUCAUGUUUGAUUUUUUUACCUUUAUGGAUUCUGUUUCUUUUCUCCAGAUGUUCACAUAUGCACUUACCUCAUUUCGUCCUGUUUUUGCUUAUUAUUCCGGUUCUCUUUGGUUGUCUUACUGAAAGCAAGAAAAACCCUUGUAAAAAUGUCUGAACUCAAAAAAAUCAAUCAAAUACCUAAAAAAACAGACAAAACAAAACAAAAAAAAACGAUAAGAAGAGAGAAAGAGAGAAAGGAGAAUAAAAAGAAACAAAUGCAAAGAAAAGCAAAACUAAGCAACAAAAAGCACAUACAAAUAGUUAUAAAUUUUCCAAAUUUUAGCAAGCAAACUACAAGCUAUUUAUUGAGAACUAAAACGAGUGAAACUGGUUGACGAUAUAAGCGAGAAAGAGAGCAAAAGAGGGAUAUAGAGAUAGAGAGAGAGAGAAAGAGAGAUAGAGAGAAAGAGACAGAGAGAGGGAGAGAGAGGGAGAGAGAGAGAAAGAGAGAGAGAGAGAGAGAGAGAGAGAGAGAGAGAGAGAAAGAGGAACUAAGACGAUAAGCUCUGGUACACUUAAAGCAUGUUUAAAAUCCCGUAAAAGCUUUGCCUAGUGUAAAAGCUUCAACUCACAAGACGGAAACAAGGCUAGAUUAUAACUAUUCAUAUAUUAAUAAAACCAACAAAAAACAACAACAACUUAAAACAACCCACACAAUGAAGCAGCAUAAUGAACGUAGGUGGAACGGCAAAAAGAGGUUUGAAAAUCAUACAAAAUUCCGCUAAGCUCAUAAGAUAUAGCUCAUAAUCGACUGCGUAAAACAUUCUCAUUGGUCAUUUGAAUUUUGAGAAAGCUAUGCGUAAACUUUAUGUAAAGAAAGCCAAUUGCACUCAAACACGCAUAAGGGAAAAGACCUCCUACUGAUAAUAGGAUGGAACGUAAUGUUACUGUUUGGGCUUAUUGUAUCUUUUUCUUUUGAUUACCGAGCCUUUGACUGUCGAUCGAAAAAUCUCAUCGGAGCUUAGCGAGUCGAGUUUACAAUUGCGCAUCGUAUUACCCGCCCAGGACGAGGCUCUGGAUCAUUGCAGGCUCUUAACGACUUAACACUACCACCGUCCGUUCCCAAAAAAAAAAAAACAGAAUAGAAAAGAAUUGUGUCCAUUUCUUAGACAGCUUGUGCUCAAACAGGUUCUACAUCAAUCCAGUCCAUAAGCACGCCCGAUAGGUAAAAUCUGAUGAUGAAUUACCAGUAAAAAAAAGAAGCAAAACGCAAUAAAAACAGUCACGUAAGCAGAUUUAGGAAUGCAAAAUGAAAUAUGUUUGUACAUAAAUAAACAGGGGUUUUACCAACAUUCUGAAAGCAGAAACAUUACUACAAAACUACACAAAAUCCCACAGACACCGACACAGAAACAGAAUAGGAAAGCGUAAAAUUACACCAUGGAAACCUUUCAAGCGGUACCGGGAGUGUGAAAAAUACCUUCAAUCCAACCGAUCUUCUUAUUUUGUGUAUUGAGAGGGAGACAAAACAGAAGCGACUUUAAAGAAACGUCGGUUUCCGACCAAAGAAAUCCAAAGAAAUGUUUGCUGAUAAAUUGGCCAGCAAUGCGUUUGGCGUAUCACAUUCUACUUAAUAUUGACAGAGGUUUAACAUUGUGACCAUGCCACAUGGAGCCAUUCUGCUGCUGUUGUAACUGUUAACUACUGCUGCUGCUACUGCUGCUGCUAGCCUAGCGGUAGUAGCCGCCGCAUAGGAGUGGCAGGGCGCGGUCCGUUUUGGUUUGAAAUUUAAAGUAUAUUUCCAAUGAUAUGUAUUGCCUUGUGAUUGCUAUUUUUAAGUUAAGAGUGAACUCACGAUAAGCGAAAUCUAAGCCGGCAUGAGUAAAAAAAAAACUAUUGAGAAUAAAUAAAAUGUGAAAGCUUUA